AUGCUUACUCAUACUGGUGAGAAGCCGUUCAAAUGCGAUCAUUGCAAUUCGAGUUUCAGCCAGAAAAUAAUUUUGCAAGAACACAUACGAACUCAUACUGGUGAGAAGCCGUUCAAAUGCGACCGCUGCAAUUUGAGCUUCGGCCGGAAAGCAGAUCUGCAAAGACACACAAGAACUCAUACUGGUGAGAAGCCGUUUAAAUGCGAUCACUGCAAUUCGAGCUUCAGGCGGAAAACAAACUUGAAAAGACACAUGCUUACUCAUACUGGUGAGAAGCCGUUCAAAUACGAUCAUUGCAAUUCGAGUUUCAGCCAGAAAAUAAUUUUGCAAGAACACAUACGAACUCAUAUUGGUGAGAAGCCGUUCAAAUGCGACCGCUGCAAUUUGAGCUUCGGCCGGAAAGCAAAUCUGCAAAGACACACAAGAACUCAUACUGGUGAGAAGCCGUUUAAAUGCGAUCACUGCAAUUCGAGCUUUGGGCAGAAAACACACUUGCAAAUGCACAUGCGAACUCAUACUGGCGAGAAGCCGCACAAGUGCCAGUUUUGUGACAAAGCGAUGAGUAGCCGAAGCAACUUUAUUCGCCAUCAGAAAACCCAUAGCGGGAAAACUCAUACAAAUUCAAAUUCUUCCUUGUAA